AUGCCUUCCAAGUUCCAGGGUGUUCUCGCCGCACUGAUCACUCCUCUCACGGAUGAUGGUAGCAAGAUUGACGAGGGUCGCCUCAAGUCGCACAUCGACAAUCUUUUCAAUGCCGGCAUCCAUGGGAUCGUUCCAGGUGGUAGCACCGGCGAGUUCACCACUCUGACAACCGCCGAACGAAAGCAACUUGCUGAACUCUCUCUCAAAUAUACCGCUGGACGAGGAUCAGUUAUGAUUGGAGUCGGCAGCACGAAGACCGACGAGGCGAUUGAACUGGCUGUGCACGCGGCACAGAUUGGAGUUGACGCCGUCAUGGUCGUCCCACCCUACUAUGAUCCUCUUAGCUAUGAGCAGCUCCAGGAGUUCCUUCUCGAGAUUCACCAGGCUUCUAAGCUUCCUAUUGUCUACUACAACAUCCCCUCUAUCAGUGGUUUGACACUGUCACCUGAGCAGAUUGCUGGUCUGUCCAAGGUUGGCGUCGAGUCGUUCAAAGACACCUCCGGCAAUGCGCCCGACUUCACUGAGCUUGUCUUUGGACACGGUGACAAGAUCUCGGCUAUGAACGGUUGGGACACUCUUACCUUCUAUGGUAUGGCUGCCGGUAACGAGGCCAUUAUUUGGGGUGCCGCCAACUUCAUUCCUGAGCUUGCCGUCGACAUGUGGAAUGCCAUCGUUGUUAACAAUGAUAUUCGCCAAGGACGUGAGAUUUGGGCUCGUGCGUGGCCUAUUUGCAAGUUCCUUGAGGGUCACAACUAUUCAUCUGCUGUGCGAGCCGGAGUUGAGCUGAGAGGUCAAAAGACUGGAGGUUACCGCAAGCCAGUUACCCCUCUCAAGAAGCAGUACGUUGCAGAGCUUCAGCAGUUGCUCCGCAAUGCUCAGGUUAAGGGUGUCUAA